UUCUAGUUUCUGCGGUGAUAUUGUAUUUUUAAGGAGAAAGAUUAUCAUUGAUUAGUCGAAACGGUUCCUGUUGUUGCAUUCAACACAACAUCACAAGACCACCCACCUUUAAACGAACGGUUACGUGGUUGACAAGCCGAGAACGGCAUUCCAUACCUGUCAGUCAGUGUCGGCUUCAGCCAAAGAGAAAGUUGUUUUGCAAGCCCAGUGCUAGCAAGCCGAUUGGCCAUUCUCUGCCCAAGUCGCGCUCACAGCACAGCGCAUUCCACGCUGGCAACAUAUUAAGGCGGAAGUAUCUGUGGCCGUAGAAAAACGGGAACCAUUGUGUUGCCAUCAAGCAAACCAUGCUCUUCAAGUGAACGUGAACAACGUGGUUUGCCAGACAUUUGCGCUUCGUAGUUUGAACCACGUUCUGCUCAACGAUGGGUGGUCCGGUGGGUGAGGAGGAACUGUCCCUGUACGAUCCGGCACUGCUGCUCAGCCUAAACUUCUUCGAUUCGCCCGCUAACUUUAACCCGCGCAUCUCGGCGGCCGCACCGGGCGAAGUUUGGCUGAAGGUGCGACCCCUGCAAACUGGCGAUUUCCAUCGCGGCUUCCUGCAAAUUCUGUCCCAGCUGACGAAAGUGGGCGAUGUUUCGCUUACACAAUUUCUCAAUCGCUUUGCACAAAUGCGUGCCAGCGGCGACUACUACGUAACGGUGAUUGUCGACACGCGGUACGACAAAAUCAUUGGCAGUGCAACGCUGGUGCUCGAGCGGAAGUUUAUACACGGCUGUGCAACCCGGGGCCGGCUCGAGGAUGUCGUUGUGGACGAUACGUACCGUGGCAAGCAGCUGGGAAAAUUAAUUGUGGUCACGGUCAGCCUGCUGGCCAAGGAGCUCGGCUGCUACAAGAUGUCGCUGGACUGCAAGGACAAGCUCAUACCUUUCUACAAAUCGAUCGGCUACACGCUGGAACCGGGCAAUGCCAACACGAUGAACAUCCGGUACGAGGCGACCACGCGAAGCAUCGGGCGCAAUGCAGCGGCCGCGGGCAACCAGCCCGAAGACACGGAACCAUCCUGACAAUUAGCCGCCAGUGCUGCUACCCCAAGUAAAUCCAAGCUCUAGAUUGCACCUGGUCGCGCUUUAGUUAAACAUGGUUGUGUGUUUGCUUUGUCUGCACUUUGCCCGGUAGGGUGUGACAUGUUUUGCUUUUGUACUUGCAAUUGGAUUUACUUUCGUACGGAGGGGAAGCGCAUCGCUUGCUUGCUUGCUUGAUUUAGCGCAAGGUUUUGUUACAUUCUUUAAAAAGGAUUUUAAAGAAACGUUAUUAAAACGCUUUGUGCUGAGCAGCAAGUGCCCCUCGUAGCAGCAUCUGGUACAUAACACGGAUUUGUUUUUAAAUUUUUUUUUAUCGUCUCAUUUUAUGUAUUCUUUUCGGUGCUUGGGUUUCUGGGUAGUCAAAUAAAAAAAGCUUUAAAAGCUGCUUUACACUUAUAA